AUGUCUGAGGAGAAGCACCACCACGGCCUCUUCCACCACCACAAGGAUGAAGACAGACCCAUUGAAACCUCAGACUACCCUCAGUCUGGUGGUUACUCUGAUGAAGGACGUACAGGCAGCGGCUACGGUGGUGGUGGUGGCUACGGUGAUGGUGGUGGCUACGGUGAUGGUGGUGGCGGCUACGGUGACAACACUGCUUAUUCUGGUGAAGGACGUCCCGGCAGCGGCUACGGUGGUGGUGGCGGCUAUGGAGAGAGCGCUGAUUACUCUGAUGGCGGCCGCUACAAGGAGACCGCUGCAUAUGGCACCACUGGCACCAAUGAAUCUGAAAUUGACUACAAGAAGGAGGAGAAGCACCACAAGCAUCUUGAGCACCUAAGCGAGGCCGGGGCUGCUGCUGCUGGUGUUUUUGCCCUGCAUGAGAAGCACGAGUCAAAGAAAGACCCAGAGCACGCCCACAAGCACAAGAUAGAGGAGGAGAUUGCUGCAGCAGCUGCAGUUGGGUCUGGUGGGUUUGCCUUCCAUGAGCAUCAUGAGAAGAAAGAGGCAAAGGAAGAAGAGGAAGAGUCUCAUGGAAAGAAGCACCACCAUCUCUUCUAA